AUGGAGCCCUCCCUGCCACCAGACACAGGGAUUCCUGCAGGGAAGAGCUCCUCCGUGCCACAGAGAAACUACCGUGUCCUGGUGGGUGUGACUGGAAGUGUGGCUGCCCUCAAGCUGCCCCUCCUCAUCGCCGAAUUGCUGAAGAUCGCUGGGCUUGAAGUGAAGGUGGUGACUACCGAGAGAGCAAAGCAUUUCUACAAUGCCCAGGAGAUUCCUGUCACCCUCUACAGUGAUGAAGAUGAAUGGCAGCUGUGGAAGGGGCGCUCGGACCCCGUACUGCACAUCGAGCUCAGACGUUGGGCUGACCUGAUGCUCGUGGCACCUCUGGACGCAAACACGCUGGCAAAGCUCGCCAAUGGCAUCUGUGACAACUUGCUGACUUGUGUGAUCCGUGCCUGGGAUCUGAGCAAACCUCUGCUCUUCUGUCCAGCCAUGAACACAGCCAUGUGGGAACAUCCCAUCACAGCUCAGCACGUGGAGCGGCUAAAAGGCUUUGGCUACACAGAGAUCCCCUGUGUGGUGAAGAAACUAGUGUGUGGAGAUGAAGGUCAAGGUGCCAUGGCAGAGGUGUGGACCAUUGUGGAGAGUGUGAAGAGGAUCCUGGAAGAACGGGGCUUGCCAGCACAGAGCUGAUGUUUGGCACAUACAUUGUGUUUGGUGCCUCUCUGAUGAUGUGAAGAUAAAACCAA